AUGUUACCUUUAAAAAAUGAGUUUAAAUUUAUGAUGAGAUUGAAUAGAAACAUAGUGAGUAAUAUAUGGAAUAAAAAAAAUAAGUUACAUUUUGGAAAUAAGUCUCGUUUCUUUAUUGAAAAAAAAUAUCUAAGCAUACAUGAAUAUUUAUCUAUAGAUUUACUACGUUCUCAUAAUAUACCAUGUGCUCAAGGAUUUCCUGCUAAAACCCCUGAAGAGGCAGAAGAAAAAGCAUUAGAAUUACAAAAUAUAUGUGGUGAUAUUGAUUUGGUUGUAAAAGCUCAAGUAUUGAGUGGUGGUAGAGGAGUAGGUUAUUUUAAAGAAAAUAAUUUUGAAGGAGGAGUUCAUAUAUGUAGAAACAGCAUGGAAGUAAAAGAAGUAGCUUCUAAAAUGCUAAAUAAUACACUAGUUACUAAACAAAGUGGUAUAGAAGGAAAGAAAUGUAAUACUGUGUUUAUAUGUGAACGAUUUUACAUUAGAAAAGAAAGAUAUGUGGCAUUUUUAUUAGAUAGAAGUUCAGAUGGGAUUUUAUUACUUGGAUCAAGUGUUGGUGGUUCUUCUAUAGAAGAUAUAAGCAAAAAAAACCCAGAUGCUAUAUAUAAAAUGAAUAUAGAUAUAAAAAAUGGGUUGAGUAAUGGGCAAUCAAGGGAAUUUUGCGAAAAAAUUGGAUUUAAAAAUAACGAAUUAGAUAUUGUUAGUGAUAUAAUUGUAAAUUUAUACAAAAUAUUUAAGAAAUAUGAUUGUACUUUAUUAGAAAUUAAUCCUUUAUCAGAAACAAAUGAUGGAAGAGUUCUUUGUUGUGAUGCUAAAUUAAAUUUUGAUGAUAAUGCAGAAUUUAGACAAAAAGAAAUUUUUGAAAAAAGAGAUAUAUCACAAGAAAAUGCAGAAGAAAUGGAGGCAAAAAAAUAUAAUCUAAACUAUGUUUCUUUAGAUGGUAAUAUAGCAUGUAUGGUUAAUGGGGCUGGAUUAGCUAUGGCUACUUUAGAUUUAAUUGUUUUACAUAAUGGGUCACCUUCUAAUUUUCUUGAUGUAGGUGGAGGUGCAACUGAGAAAGAAAUAUCAGAAGCAUUAAAAAUUAUUAAUAACAAUAAUAAAGCAAAAGUUUGCUUUAUUAAUAUUUUAGGUGGUAUAAUGAGAUGUGACAUUAUUGCAAAAGGUUUAAUUAAUGCAACAAAAGAAGUUAACUUUAAAAAACCACUUAUUAUAAGACUAGAAGGAACAAAUCAAGAAGAAGCAGAAAGAUUAAUUAAAGAGUCUAAUAUAAAAUGCAUUUUAUGUCAAGAUAUGAAUGCAGCUGCAGAAAAAAGUGUAGCUAUGGCAAAUAUAAUAGAAAUAGCAAAAAAAUCAAAUAUAAAUAUUGCUUUUAAUUGA